AUGUUAUGGAAAUGCCUGUGUGGCGGUGCUCACGUGGCCAGCUAUCGUGGGUGUGAGGUGUGGAAGCGUGCCAUCGCUCGCCAACGUGGCCAAACACCAGCGCCGCGUCCGAAGAAGCCAGCAACGAGACGGCCCGGCGUCUCUUUCGCGGCGGCAACGUCAGGGGCGCCCUCCACCGUCCCGGCUGCGUCGGCUGAUCCUGCUCCUGCCGCGUCCGAUGCCGUGCCGAUACCUGAGGCUCCUGCGCCUCCACCACAGCUGCUAGUGGCGGACCCGGGUACUGCCUCACCCGGGCCGUCGGCCAGACCGCGCCCCGCCAAUCUCCGGCGCGGGGGUCAGCGCCCCGUGGGUACCCAGCGCUCAGCACCGUCAGUCGAGCAGCCCCAGGUGGACUCUCAGGGCGAGUCAGCCACGCCUCCCCCUUCCAGCGACGGGGGCGCGCCGGCUGCCUCCACCGCUGACCUGGCCAACCUCGUCGCGCAGCUCACUGCCUUGGUGACCAGUGCUACGAAGUUGAUUGAAGUCCUGUCGCAGCAACUCAAAGCUGCAGUGCCGACCGCUGUCAACACUCACCAGCUGCACCAUGGGCAGUGUUAG